GACGACUCGUCACGCACAGCCAUCUCCUUCCGCCCAAGCAUGCUCUCGAUCAUCACCACGUACGCCGCCCCGGUCCCGCUCCACGGCCGCGAGCUCACCGCCGGAUGGCUAGCCUACAUGAACCAGGGCCUUCAGACGGGCGCCGCCUACGCCGGCACCGGCGCUUCGGGCGAGGGCUCCUUUGACGACCUCAACGCUCAGACCGCGGACGCCUUCAGCGCGCUUAACCACCAGGGCGAGCCCGCCGCCGUCACCGCCUCGCCGUCCACCGCUUCAACCUCCACCGCCGCCUCGCCAACCUCAACCAUCGGGACCGACGUCACCUCUGCCGUCGCCACGCCAAUUGUCUCCUCGACCGACGCCUUCACCGCUGGCAUCCUCUCGGUCGUCGACUCGCUGACCGCGGCGCUCGGUUCACCCACCGCCUCGAGCGCGGCACCCGCCUCCGACGCUGCGCCCGCCUCCACCGCCGCGCCCGCCUCGCCCUCCUCGUCCGGCGCCGCCUCGGCUCCCCACUUUGCGGGCUGGCAGGCGUACAUGAACCAGGGCAUCGCCACCGGCCUCCAGUACGCCAACGCGGGCGCCGGAGUCGCCGCCGGCACCACCGACCCGGCGACGGGCUUCAACGACCUCAACGCCGAGACGGCCGACAGCUUCAACGCCCUCAACCACGGCGCGCAGGUCCAAGAUGAGGAGGCCGGCGGCCAGCGGCGCCACCUCACCGCCGGGUGGCGCGCGUACAUGAACCAGGGCAUCGCCACCGGUGGCGCCUACGCCAGCACCGGCGCUUCGGGCGAGAGCUCCUUUGACGACCUCAACACGCAGACGGCCGAUGCGUUCGACAAGCUCAACCAUCAAGGCGAGACGGGGGAUGUCGCCACUCCGGCAGCCAGCGCCCAAGGCCAGCAGCACCAGCACUACCAGCCAAAGUCGGCCCUUGGCGCGGCCGUCGGCCGGCUCUCAGCGUCCCUGAGCACCGGCAUCGUCGGCAUGGUCAACAGCGGCGUGCUCUCCGCCGCGACGGCGGCAGCCGACACUGCCGAGACGCUUGCGCCCGCUCAGGCUGCCGCACCCGAGGCCACUGAGGCCGCUCCGGCGACCGUCGCCGCUGCGGCGACCGGCGCGACCGGCGACGGGCUCAUCACGGCACAGGCGGCUGCGGCGCCUCCCGCGGUCGAGAACGAGUGGGGACGCUAGACCUAGAGCUGUAGUCGCCCUCGAGAGAUGUCGAGUAGAUCUGGUGCACCCGUAGCGAGCAUAUGUUCACAAUAGUCAAUAUACACCUCGCCCGUGUGUCAACAGGAGUUCCCAGCGCUAUUGCCUAGAUGGUCCUGUAUUUUUUUGUUGUACAAUGAGGUCUGAAUCAACAACACCUCAUUUGCCGGUCAUUUCUUGCCCCUCUCCCCGUCCACGAAACGUUGCUAAAAAUCUGUCUGUCUCG